AUGGAAUCAUCUGUUCCGAUCUGGCAACACCACAAAGACAUUCUCACUCAAGCCGGCCUCGAUUUUGACGAUAUUGAGAAGACCAGAAAACACAUCCACCAGAAUGCUGAAGGAGAAUUCAAAGAAAUCAACACCAAAGCCAAGAUUCUCGAGUACUUUACUGAUGUGGAUAAAGAUGAUAUCAAAGAACUAGCCACCACUGGGCUCACCAUCGACAUCAAAGGGACUGCUCCUCCAACUGAAGAAGGCGAGUGCAAUGUCAUUGCUCUCAGAGCCGACAUGGACGGCCUGCCCAUGAAGGAAGAAACUGGCCUUGAUUACUCCUCGGUCACCGAGUACGCCCACAUGUGUGGCCAUGACGGACACAUGGCUAUUUUGAUUGCAACUGGAGUGUUUCUGAAGAAUCACAGAGACAAGAUUCCGUCUAACAAGAUAGUGAGGCUGUUGUUCCAGCCAGCUGAGGAAGGGCCAGGAGGAGCUGAGCCAAUGAUAAAGGAAGGGUGCCUUGAAGGAGUUGAUGAAAUCUAUGGAUAUCACAAUGCACCAAUGGGUCAAGAAGGAACAAUUUCUCUUAAAUCUGGUCCAGUCAUGGCUGGUAUCGAAGAAGUUUACAUUGACAUCGAAGGCGUUGGGGGCCAUGGGUCUGAACCAGCUAAUGCUACAGAUCCCAUCACUGCUGCUUGCCAUCUUCAUAGUGCAUUCCACACGAUCAAAUCCAGAAACACUUUCAACACAGAUGUGGUUGCUUUUACGAUUUGCGAGCUUAAUUCAGGGACAACUUUCAAUGUGAUCCCGAGGACAGCCAAAAUGUCAGGAACCAUUAGAUAUUACGAUGAGAAAGUCAAAAAUCUCUGUGUCAAGAGAAUCGAGGAGCUCACAAAUGAAAUUUGAGAAGGAUUCAAUUGCACCUCAAAGGUCUUUAUUGGAAAUAAUUACCCCUCAGUCAUAAACCAUGAGAAGCAAACAGAAAUAGUGAUGGAGAUAGCCAAAGAAGAAUUAGGAGAGGAAGGAAUCAAUACUACUAAAGGACUUCCUAAAUUAUCCAGCGAAGAUUUCUCAUUUUACCUUCACAAAGUUCCUGGCUGAUUCAUUUUCCUCAACAAUGUGAAACCAGGAGAGACUCCUAUCAGUCUGCACUCUUCUAAAGUGGACUACAAUGACAAUAUCACCGGAACAGGAGUUUAUCUCUAUGUGAGGAUCCUUGAACAGAGAUUUGGCAUAUCUCUUCUCGAGUCUCCAAAUUCUGAAUCGUAACUG